UUCCUCAGAUUCUUCUUCUUCAUCGGAUUGAGAAAGUUCUAGCCUUUCUUCUUCUUCUUCUUCUUCAAGAUCAUCAUCAUAUAUGAUAGAUCCAAUGUGGGUACGUGUCUCCUCCCGUUGUUGAUGGGUCUCAUUGAGAAAGUUGAUGACAAUGGAGAAUGAAUUUGAAUCAAAGCUUGCCCUUCAAGGGAAUGGUGAAGGCAGCAUAUCCAGGAGCAAGAGCUUCGCAUUCAAAGCUCCUCAGGAGAAUUUCACAAUCCAGGAUUUCGAGCUAGACAAGAUCUAUGGCGUUGGCUCUUAUUCAAAGGUUGUUAGGGCAAAGAAGAAGAAGGAUGGAGGAGGCGUGUAUGCGUUGAAGAUCAUGGACAAGAAGUUUAUCACCAAGGAGAAUAAAACAGCUUAUGUCAAGCUUGAGAGGAUUGUUCUUGAUCAACUUGACCAUCCAGGGAUUGUCAAACUCUUCUUUACAUUUCAAGAUAACUUCUCUCUAUACAUGGCGCUUGAAUCUUGCGAAGGUGGGGAGCUUUUUGACCAAAUCACCAGAAAAGGUCGUCUAUCAGAGGAAGAAGCUCGGUUCUAUGGGGCAGAGGUUGUGGAUGCUCUUGAGUAUAUACAUACUAUGGGACUGAUACAUAGAGAUAUUAAGCCGGAGAAUCUGUUACUGACUUCAGAUGGACACAUUAAGAUUGCUGAUUUUGGUAGUGUUAAGCCAAUGCAAGACAGCCAGAUCACUCUACUUCCCAUUGCAGCUUCUGAUGAUAAGGCCUGCACUUUUGUCGGAACAGCUGCAUAUGUUCCUCCUGAAGUUCUCAACUCCUCUCCAGCAACUUUCGGAAACGAUCUCUGGGCACUUGGCUGCACUCUGUACCAAAUGCUCUCAGGAACUUCUCCAUUCAAAGAUGCAAGUGAAUGGCUUAUUUUCCAAAGAAUCAUAGCGAGAGAUAUAAAGUUCCCAAACCAUUUCUCAGAAGCAGCAAGAGACCUCAUCGACCGAUUACUGGAUACUGAUCCAAUUAGAAGACCAGGAGCUGGACCAGAAGGUUAUGCUUCUCUCAAGAGACAUCCUUUCUUCAAAGGAGUGGACUGGAAAAAACCAAGAUCAAAAACUCCUCCAAAACUAGCUCCAGAUCCUUCGUCUCAGUCAGCAUCUCCUGAGAGAGACGGUUCUCCAUGGAACCAAGCACAUGUUGGAGAUACCUCAGCGAUGCAGAACAAUGGCCUCUCUUCAACUUCUGAAUCCUCUGGUUCCAUAACAAGGAUUGCCUCCAUAGACUCCUUUGAUUCGAAAUGGCAACAGUUUCUUGAACCUGGUGAAUCGGUUAUAAUGAUAUCAGCAGUGAAGAAGCUACGGAAAAUCACUAGCAAGAAAGUGCAGCUAAUACUCACCAGCAAACCGAGACUGAUCUACGUGGAUCCAUCGAAGCUUGUUGCUAAAGGGAAUAUCAUCUGGUCUGAUAACUCCAACGACCUCAACGUUCAAAUCUCGAGUCCUUCCCAUUUCAAGAUUUGCACUCCGAAGAAGGUUCUAUCAAUUGAAGACGCGAAACAGCGAGCUUUGCAGUGGAGGAAGGCAAUUGAAACUCUUCAAAACCGUUGAGACUCAGUAGGGCUGAUGGUGUCCGUUCAUUACAUCCCAAUUCGUUAAUUUUUUUCCUUGUCCUUUGAUUUCUGUUUCUUUCAUGUAAUUCAAUUGAUUACAAUCAUUUCACAUCUCGUUGUAUGCAUGCAUAGAGAAGAGUCUUCUCUGCAUUGAGAUGAGCAUUUAUAGUAGUAGUUAAUGAAUCUGUUAUUUCGGUUAUAAAAGUUCUUGUCUGAUUCAGCAUAUAUGCAGACAGCAGAAAUUGUACGGAACGUUAUCCAUUUUUCUUCUUCUUUGAAUGCAUCCGCUUUCGAUUUUUUA